AUGGAGGUCCAACUCUACGUCUAUGACCUUUCACGGGGGAUGGCACGGCAGUAUUCCAAGAUGAUCACCGGGGUCCAGAUCGAUGCAAUCUAUCACACGGCAAUUGUCUUCAAUAAUGUCGAGUACUUCUUCGGUCAGGGGAUUCACAGGAAAAUCCCGGGCUCAACGCACCAUGGUCAACCCAUGAAGAUUGUAAACAUGGGUAAGACAGACCUGCCCGUGGACGUCGUGGAGGAAUACAUCGAGUCCCUCGCAGAGAUUUACACUCCGGAGUCGUACGACCUAUUCCUGCACAAUUGCAACAACUUUACGCAAGACCUCGCCAUGUUCCUUGUGGGCGAGAGCAUUCCAGACGAGAUCAAGAAUCUGCCCGAAACGUUUUUGAGGACGCCCAUGGGCCAGAUGCUUCGCGGUCAACUCGAUCAGUCCAUGCGCACAAUGACUCAAGCCCCUGAUGCAGUGUCCGGCGAAAAUGCCACGAGAAGAAGAUCAAUCUCGAAACCGGCAUCUCAGGCGAUGCGGAACGGGGACUAUCCUCCCUCAAUUGCCAACGGGUCCGCGCAAAAAGCGAUCGUACCCGUAGCGAUCAUCAAUGCCCAACCGCCACCAGACGCGCCAGGUCACGUCCACAACAUUACAAGUCUCUCGGAACUCGGCAAACUUCUCUCGUCUGCCUCUCAGUCGUGCGCAGUCAUCUUCUUCACCUCCGCAACCUGUCCACCCUGCAAAAUCUGCUACCCAACAUAUGAUGAGUUGGCUGCCGCAGCAGGCACUUCUUCUGGCGCAAAGCUGAUCAAAAUAGACAUAUCAGCAUCGCCAUCUGCCUACGCCGUUGCCCAGCGGUACGGCGUCCGCGCUACACCUACAUUCAUCACUUUCCUAAAGGGACAGAAGCAGGACGAAUGGGCCGGGGCGGAUCCAACUCGGUUGAGGGGAAAUGUCCGGCUGUUGUUACAAAUGGCCAAGCCACCACAACACCAGCACGCAAAGUUGAGGCUGCCGACCUUCCAGCGGAUCAUCGAGAGACCAACACUCUACACCAAGACACCGCCGUUGGAGAAAUUGCUCGCCAAGCUUGGGGCGUCCUUUUCGCAAGACAAGUCUGUGCAAGCUCUUGUGGAGUUCAUCAAGACGCGAGAUGCAAAGGGCGCGACCGAAGCUGCGCUGCUCAACAUACAUGAUUUCACCACCUACGUCAAGUCCAAGUCUGGCGACCUGCCGCAGGGGUCGCACUUCGCGCUCAUUGAUCUUGUUCGCAUCGCCGCGAGCGACUCGCGUGUGGCUAGUUUCCUCGUCACGGAGCACGAGUGCUCGACGCUCUCGACGCUACUGGGAUCCGCCCAGGACAGCGACUUCACGAACGCACCCUACAAUAUCCAGUCCGUUAGCCUGCAACUUGCAUGCAACCUGUUUUCUUCCAAUGUCUUCCAGGAGCAACUCUUUCGGUCCGAUUCAGAUGCAUCUCACCGUGAUAUCCCAGCCCUGAAGGAGAAGAUUGAAUUGCUUGCGGCGCAAUGUCUUCUCAGCCCGCAUUUGAAUGCCAGAGCCAUGGCUGCGGCGUUGGUGUACAAUCUAGCGAGUUAUAGGCACAACGCACGAAUGCAUGCUCAGACGAAUCCCAGCAGCCAGGAUUCUGAGAGCGAGACGGCCGUAAGCGAUGACCUAGCAGCUGCUCUGGUCGAGAGCAUCACGUCCUUGUCGUCGCUUUCUCCACCAACAUCGUCGUCUGCGGGAAAUCUUAAAGACACUCUGCAUGCUCUGCUCCUAGCACUGGGUAUGCUUCUAUACGCUGCCCCUGCGGACGAUAUGCUCUGGGAUCUAUGCCGAGCCAUGGAUCUCAGCGAUACCUUGACACAGCUGGGGGAGAGCGCCGAACUCAAAGCCGAGCCGCUACUCAACGAGGUGUGCGAGGAGUUAUUGGGCAAGGGAGGUUUUUGA